CAGACUCAUGCCAUCUUCAAAACUGCAGAGCAUUUCAUCUUAUGGAAGUCAAAGUGGAAAAUGCUUUCCUUGCUCCUUGGAUUACACAGCUUUUGUCAGGAGUGAUAAGCCAAAACUCUUCAGGGGACUGCAAAUCAAGUAUGUGCGUGGUUCUGACCCUGUACUAAAGCUGCUGGAUGACAGUGGGAACAUUGCAGAAGAACUGAGCAUCCUCAAGUGGAAUACAGAUAGUGUGGAAGAAUUUCUAAGUGAAAAAUUAGAACGUCUAUAAAUCAUUGCUUUCAGUCCUCUUUCCUCUUCAUGUUUUGUCAUGGUAUCUUCUCAGAUGUAGUGAGCUACAAUUGGGAAAAAAAAAAAAACCAAACACAUUCCAGCUUCUGUAUUAAUUUCAAAAUACCUGUUGGGCUAUACUAAACAUCUUGUAAUUAUAAGGGGAAGCUUCAGCACACAUCUGACAAGCUGACAGAAUAGUUUAUCUUAAUAUAUUUCAGCUCUUAGUGCAUUUAUCACUAACAAAAUGCUUUGUUUCAAAGUUAAUUAUGCAACUAUCAGUUUGAUAUAAUUGGACCUGUUUUUACAAAUGCUCUUAAAACUGAAGAGCUUCGAAUAAGUGAAAUGAUUACCAUGCUUUUUGUCUGCUGCUGUUUGCAAGAAAGUCAGAACCAAAUGUAAUGUACUAUCUCCCAAAGAAACUUUACUGCUAAUGCCCUCUUGUAUUUGAGCUGUCCUUUUUAUAGAAGCAUUGUUUACAAUGAGUAUCUAGUUCACAGGUUUUGAAGUUGCUGGAGGAACUCAUGCUCUGGUGCUGUGAAACACUUAAUAAGUACACUUUAGUGAAGACUACAUAGAAAACCUCUGAGGUGUAUGGAAGUCAGAUGUCAGGUGUGCUUUACAUUAAGUGUUUUUGUUUCAGAAAACAUGAGAUGUAAGUCUUGGAAAAUGUUUCCUUCUAACUUACAUGAGUUUAUUGGAAGUCUGUUUAUCAAAUGAAUUUAUAAACUGUUCUUUUAAAAUGUAUAUUUUUCUUAGUUGAAGUUUAUGUGAACAGGGAAUAUAGACCGUAUGUAUGGUAAUGAGUCAAAUCUAUUAUGACUUGUCAGGUUUUUUCCACUUAGACUGAAUAAAUAUGGUAAGCAAGAAUAA